AUGGCGAUGGAGCGAUGGCAGGAUUACCGGAAAGGCCUGAAUUCCCGAACAAGGCUGGGUGUGGGAGAGCUGCGAGAUGACUCUCACAAUUACGUCUUCAGAAGAGCCAGCGAAUCCCAACAUCUGAAAACCAAGGAGCCUCUCAGUUAUCUUCUGAAGGAUGAUGCUACGGAUGUCCACAAGCUCACUGACAGUCUCCGUCAGAAACUUGUUCCCAUCACAGAGGAGUUUCGUCUGAAGAUGACGCUUGACACAGAGAAGCUGCGGCAGUUGAUCAGGCACGAGAUGCAGGAACUGAGCAGGAAAAUUGAUCCUCUUGCUGAUGAAGUCCACCAGAGGCGCAGUGGAAGCCUCACAGAAUUGCCUCAGAUGUUGACUCCUUUCACUGAGCAACUCCGCAUUGCCCCGGUAAUUCUCAGCAGGAGAUCACUUUUACGCAAAGUGAGAGCUGAUACAAAAACUCAAAGGAAAAUCAUGGUCUCACUGACUGAAGCAGUGCAGAGUCAGAUCGACGACAACAUUGCCAAAGUAAGCCAAGGCCUCCCACCCAGUACAUCCCUGCUCCAGCUCGAUAAAGGAAUCCAGAAAAUUCUUGGUAAGCUCCUUCCUGAUGUUGACAAAGGAUUUGCAAAUGUUCUCCAUCAGGUUGGCACUGUUCCCCAGCACAUGGAGAACGUCAGUAUCCUGGAGUCAAAGAUUAAUAGCAAUGUGGUAAAACUGGCCCCUUAUGCUUCAAAUAAAACAGGGAUUCUGACUGGCAAAAUGGAUGAUGCAAAUCUGACUUGGCAGAUGAAAGAUCUCAGCAGAAACCUCGACCAAGUAGCCAAGAUUUUCCUGCAGAACACAAACUCCUUCACAGUUAAUAAAAACCUCACAGUCAAACUGAAGAAUAUGAAAGACAGACUCACUCCAUAUGCUGACAGCUUAAAGCAAGCUCUUCAAAACCAGCUUUCAAAUAUGUCCGAAUAUAUCCGUGAUGAAGUGAAUGACUUUUGA